AAUCAAACGCUAGUAGUUGGCUGAAUUGCGUCGGCAUGCGUUUCUACGUGUUUGCCUUGUCGCUCUUCGCCAUGUUCGCUUGUCUUUCUUGGCGACAAAUACGUCACAGGGAAGGUGAGAGAGACAUAUAAACUGUCAUAUUCACCUUCUGAGCGAAUCUUUUUCCAACGCACUUAUCUUCCCUUCUCAUCCCCCAAGUUUCUUGAUCCAAACAAUACCAAACAACACCAAACAACACCACAAUGGCAUCCACUAACCCCGCAAACUUCGCCAACCUGCCCAAGGACGAGCUCCGCGAGAUCGCCGCCAAGGGUGGCCACGCCUCUCACGGCGGUGCUCAUGAGGAGCAGUCUUCAGACCACCCCGACCGCAAUCCCGACGGCACCUUCACCAAGGGCUCAGAACUCGCCAAGGAACUCGGAGCUAAGGGCGGUCACGCAGCUCAUGAGCAUCAGACCCAGGCCGAGGACGAUGGCCGUAACCCUGAUGGCACUUUCAAGGCGGGCAGCAAGUUGGCGUCCGAGCUAGGUGCUCAGGGUGGACAUGCUGCGCAUGAGCACCAGACCACAAAGACCGAGGAGAGCGGUCGAAACGCCGAUGGCACGUUCAAGAAGGGCAGCGAGUUAGCUUCCGAGUUGGGAGCCCAGGGUGGACAUUCUUCCCACUAGUUGGGGUAAGGAGGGCAUCGAGUCACCUUAUGGACGAACUCGACGAUAUGAGAGCGAGACAACAUCAUGACGAUGCAACGACAGAAUAAAACAACAUGCAUGCUCAAUUCCUGCUUGCUCUUCUCUUCAACUGAUUCAGUCUUGACUCUCGAGUGAAGCAAUGGAGUAAUAUACUGGUUGACAGGGUCCAUAUAUACGCCACAAGGUGUGUUGGGACGUACCAAACCAGAGCAAGAUGACAACUAUUUUUGGGUUUAUAGCGUAUUCAUGCUUGAACCGAUCAAGUUACCGUCCGCAUGCUCUUACUGUCGAAAGAUACCGUAUAUCUCCCAAAUUCGAAGUAUGUUAAUCCGGGUCGAGUCGUUGAUAGUGACGUUGCUAAGAUUCCUUUAGCGGGAAAUUGCAUUGUUGCGGAAAAGCUUUCUAAUA